UACAUGACCAAAUUCUCAACUAUUACGGUCAGCGGGAUGCAAGAACCGAUCGGGGUGAAUCUAUCUACGGAAGCAAUCAUGUAAAUGAGCCGCGCACCGUUCCGUUCAAGAUAGCGAACUCCUUGCUAUUCUAUGCGCCGAUCAAACACUAUACUUCUCUGGACAAGGUCUGGGUGGAUAGGCUUAUUUCAAAGGGGCCGUGGCAGCGUCUCAUAGAUCAGAUUACGGAUAAAUGGCAACAACACGUCGGACUGGCUACAAUUCUUCUCGCAGUUAACAUGGCUUUUCUCGCUAUACCUUCCGUCGACGAGAUGGGCGCAGGUCAACAGCACCAUUUUUUGGUACAGGUCCUGUGCUAUUUGUCUGUCGCAAGUAGCAUGGGAACUAUCAUCAUCGGCCUUCUACUCAUGAGCCACCAUAAUGCCAUGAAAUAUGUCGGCGUUGACGUUGUGACAUCUUUUCUUGAGCGGCAUUGGCAGAUGAGACUAGGGUUUGAACGAUUGUCGAUCGUGUAUAGCAUCCCCUAUGCACUUCUUAUGUGGGGGAUGGUAUCUUUUCUAGCAUCAUUCUUUUUGAUGUGCUUGGAAUCUUCCAACCCCACUUUAUUGAAGGUUUUCGUGAUAUUAGCGCUCCUUCUGGGAACCGUACUUUGUCUGUGGUGCAUAUACUUGUUCUGGGAGGGAAGCGACGAGUGGAUACAGCGAUGCUUUGAGCUGCAGCAAAGGUCUCUUUCCAGUUUAAAGGAUAGGCUGCGUUCAAUCCUGUCGUAUGAUCACAUCCGCCGAUUCCGAGAUAAAAUCCGAAGGGCUGCCCGUCGAACGACGGAAAGUAUCUUACCUACUACCGCUGACGGAGUGGUAUGAGCUGACGAUAAAACAAA